AGGGGAGGGACUGACUGGCCACGGGCGAGGGUCUACCGAGGGAUGGGUUACUGUGGAGAGGAGCUGACCCUCCAGGAGGGCUAGUCUGAAGAAGGAACGGCCCUCGGGCGUUCAAGGGGAUCAUUAAGUGUUCCUCCCUAACGAAAAGAUGCUACCAAGCGUAUCCUGGAGGCUGAGGCAGGAGGAUCCUGAGUUCAAGGCUUCAAGGUUCAAUCCUGAGCCACACAGAUUCUGUCUUAAAAAAAAAAAAGUGUUAGCAAGUGUGAUGACUCAUGUGCAGGUUUGAAGUGUUGUUUACUUCUGGGAGUCACCGAGUGGGAGAAUUGGCUGGAUUCAUUGCAUUAAUUGGUCAGUGGCUGGGGUGCAGCCGUCAGUGUGCGGAGAGUUAAGGUUAGGAGGGUCAGUAAAGAGCCGUCGUCACAGAUUUGCUGGGGAGAGAAGGUAGGGUGAGCGAACUGACGGUGAGAACGGGCAGCAGAUGGUUGACUGGUGUCAAAAUGAGGAAUAUGUCGGAAGCAUUAAAACCUGCCUCAGGAAGGAAGUGGGAAGCAGGCAGACCGGCUCGUGCCUGUAAUGCCAACCCUUGGGGGACUGAGGGAGGAGAAUUGCCAUGAGUCUGCGGCCAUCCUGAGCUACAGAGUGAGAGCUUGCCUCAAAACAUCCAGGAGAAAAGGGACACGAAGGGGAAUCAACAGUAGCCUUCGUUGAAGAACUGCCCCUGUCACUUGCUGCCCGGAGUUAACACUGUUUCCUGCUGGCAGAAUCAGGGUCAUGCCAGCACUAGCGGGAUGACUGGGUGCCCCGGCGGGGAUGUGGUCAUUGACGGCCAAUGAGGACGAGAGCACUACGGCCCACUUCUUUCUUGGAGCUGGAGAUGAGGGGUUGGGUGCCUGUGGAAUAGGCACCAGGAUGGAAGUGAGUGACAGCGAGCUCCUGGAGGAUGAGGAGGAUGAAGUGCCUCCAGAACCUCAAAUUAUCGUUGGCAUCUGUGCCAUGACCAAGAAAUCCAAGUCCAAGCCAAUGACCCAAAUCCUAGAGCGACUCUGCAGAUUUGACUAUCUGACUGUUGUCAUCCUGGGAGAAGAUGUGAUCCUGAACGAGCCUGUGGAGAAGUGGCCGUCCUGCCACUGUCUCAUUUCUUUCCACUCCAAAGGCUUUCCUCUGGACAAAGCUGUUGCUUACUCCAAGCUUCGAAACCCCUUCCUUAUCAAUGACCUGGCCAUGCAGUAUUACAUCCAAGAUAGGAGGGAGGUGUACCGGAUCCUACAGGAGGAAGGUAUUGAUCUGCCACGAUACGCUGUGCUCAACCGUGACCCCGCCUGUCCUGAGGAGUGCAACCUGAUAGAGGGUGAAGAUCAGGUGGAAGUCAAUGGGGCUGUCUUCCCCAAGCCCUUCGUGGAGAAGCCAGUGAGUGCAGAAGACCACAAUGUUUACAUCUACUACCCCAGCUCUGCUGGGGGAGGGAGCCAGCGCCUCUUCCGUAAGAUUGGCAGCCGGAGCAGUGUCUACUCUCCUGAGAGCAGCGUCCGGAAGACAGGAUCGUAUAUCUACGAGGAGUUCAUGCCGACAGAUGGCACAGAUGUUAAGGUGUAUACGGUGGGGCCAGAUUAUGCCCAUGCUGAAGCCAGAAAGUCUCCCGCUUUGGAUGGGAAGGUUGAACGAGACAGUGAGGGGAAGGAGGUUCGCUAUCCAGUCAUGUUGACUGCCAUGGAAAAGCUGGUGGCCAGGAAGGUCUGCGUAGCUUUUAAGCAAACAGUUUGUGGAUUUGACCUUCUUCGUGCCAAUGGUCACUCCUUUGUGUGUGAUGUCAAUGGCUUUAGCUUUGUCAAGAACUCAAUGAAAUACUAUGAUGAUUGUGCCAAGAUUCUGGGGAAUACUAUCAUGCGGGAGCUUGCCCCACAGUUCCAGAUACCGUGGUCCAUCCCCACAGAAGCUGAGGACAUUCCCAUUGUCCCUACCACAUCUGGCACUAUGAUGGAACUCCGUUGCGUCAUUGCGAUUAUCCGUCACGGAGAUCGAACUCCAAAGCAGAAGAUGAAGAUGGAAGUAACACAUCCGAGGUUUUUUGCUCUAUUUGAAAAACAUGGUGGAUAUAAAACAGGGAAAUUAAAACUUAAGCGACCGGAGCAGCUCCAGGAGGUGCUGGACAUUACCAGGCUGCUGCUGGCUGAGUUGGAGAAGGAGCCAGGAGCUGAGAUUGAGGAGAAGACUGGGAAGCUAGAGCAGCUCAAGUCCGUGCUGGAGAUGUAUGGUCACUUCUCAGGUAUUAACCGGAAGGUGCAGCUGACUUACUACCCGCACGGAGUGAAAGCCUCCAGCGAGGGGCAAGAUCUGCAGAGAGAGGCUCUGGCACCAUCUCUUUUGCUAGUGCUGAAGUGGGGUGGAGAGCUGACACCGGAUGGCCGUGUUCAGGCCGAGGAGCUGGGGCGAGCUUUUCGCUGUAUGUACCCCGGAGGCCAGGGUGACUAUGCUGGCUUCCCCGGCUGUGGACUGCUUCGUCUCCAUAGCACUUUCCGUCACGACCUCAAGAUCUACGCGUCUGACGAGGGCCGUGUCCAGAUGACUGCUGCUGCCUUUGCGAAAGGCCUCCUAGCUCUUGAAGGGGAGCUCACACCCAUCUUGGUACAAAUGGUGAAGAGUGCCAACAUGAACGGGCUGCUGGACAGCGACAGCGACUCCCUGAGCAGCUGCCAGCACCGGGUGAAGGCACGGCUGCACCACAUCCUGCAGCAGGACGCUCCCUUCGGCCCCGAGGACUAUGACCAGCUAGCGCCUACUGGAAGCACCUCUCUGCUCAACUCCAUGUCUGUAAUCCAGAAUCCCGUGAAAGUCUGUGAUCAGGUAUUUGCCCUGAUUGAAAACCUUACCCACCAGAUCCGGGAACGGAUGCAGGACCCCAGCUCUGCAGACCUGCAGCUCUACCACAGUGAGACACUAGAGCUAAUGCUACAGCGUUGGAGUAAACUAGAGCGCGACUUCCGACAGAAGAGCGGGCGCUACGAGAUCAGUAAGAUCCCUGAUAUCUAUGACUGUGUCAAGUACGAUGUACAACACAAUGGGAGUCUGGGACUUCAAGGCACAGCCGAGUUGCUACGUCUUUCAAAAGCCCUGGCCGACGUGGUCAUUCCCCAGGAGUACGGGAUCAGCCGAGAGGAGAAGAUGGAGAUUGCCGUGGGCUUCUGUCUCCCGCUCUUGCGGAAAAUCCUGCUUGACCUGCAGAGAACCCACGAGGAUGAGUCUGUCAACAAGCUGCAUCCCCUGUACUCACGUGGAGUGCUUUCCCCAGGCCGCCAUGUUCGAACACGGCUCUAUUUCACCAGUGAGAGUCACGUUCACUCCCUACUUAGUGUCUUCCGUUAUGGGGGACUUCUUGACGAGACCCAGGAUGCACAAUGGCAGCGAGCUUUGGCUUAUCUUAGUGCCAUCUCAGAGCUCAACUACAUGACCCAGAUUGUUAUCAUGCUUUAUGAGGACAACACACGGGACCCGCUGUCAGAGGAGCGGUUCCAUGUGGAGCUACACUUCAGCCCUGGGGUGAAAGGUGUUGAAGAAGGCAGUGCCCCAGCUGGCUGUGGAUUCCGUCCAGCUUCUUCUGAGAAUGAAGAGAUGAAAACAGAUCAAGGCAGCAUAGAGAACCUAUGCCCAGGGAAGCCAUCAGAUGAGCCAGACCGAGCAUUGCAGACCUCACCCCUACCCGUUGAGGGCACUGGCCUCCCGAGGAGAUCGCCCCUCAUUCGUAAUAGAAAAGCUGGCUCCAUGGAGGUCAUGAACAUGCAGUGCACAGGGAACCUGGACCUGAUUCCCUUGAGGGGACGGCGCCGAAGGAGGUCAGGAGACCUCCCCCGGCUUUCCCCUGCCAUCGGCCUACAGCCCCGGGCUGUGUCCACCACUCACCUGGCUUCCUGCACACAGGUGCUGUCUGAAACUUCAUCCUCAAGGCCUGGUGGCUACCGGCUCUUUUCAUCUUCACGGCCACCAACAGAGAUGAAGCAGAGCGGCCUAGGCUCACAGUGCACAGGGUUGUUCAGCACCACAGUGCUGGGCGGCUCCUCCAGCGCUCCCAAUCUUCAGGACUACGCCCGCAGCCACGGCAAAAAGCUCCCGCCUGCCGGUCUAAAGCACCGAGAUGAGCUCUUGUUUGUCCCGGCCGUAAAACGAUUUUCUGUGUCGUUUGCAAAGCAUCCGACUAACGAGCUGCUGGAUGACCAGCACCCUGUGGUCCGGUUGCUGCGCACUUUUUCCUCUGACUGCCCAAGGGGCUGGCCAGUCUCCUUGGAUGCCACGCUGGCGCACCACCUGCAUCAGUGCUCCUACCACCUGCGCCUCUUCCGGAACUGGCUGCGCUCAGGCCAGGAUGACCCCGAGUGCCUCUACGGAUUUGAAGGGUGCUCCAUGGUGCCUACCAUCUACCCCCUGGAAACGCUGCAUAACGCCCUUUCCUUGCGGCAAGUGAGCGAAUUCUUGACUAAAGUCUGCCAGCGCCACACUGAGGCCCAUGCACAGGCAUCUGCAGCCCUCUUUGACUCUAUGCACAACAAUCAGGCCUCAGAAAGCCCGUUUUCCCCACCCCGUGCUCUUCAUUCACCACCCCUGCAGCUUCGACAUCGUUCUGAAAAGCCACCUUGGUACAGCAGUGGUCCUUCCAGCACCGUGUCCAGUGCCGGCCCUUCCUCUCCUACUGCAGUGGAUGGAAACUCACAUUUUGGCUUCAGUGAUCAGUCCUCUGUAAAUACACAUCUGACAGAAGAAAACCAAGACCUUGGGUUGCUCCAGGAGACCCCUGGAGAUGGAACACAAGAGUUCCCCGUAGAAAGACAGCAAAAGCUUGCUGAGCCUAAUCAGUUUCCUCAAGAGACACCUGUGGAAAUCCACCCUGUAGGAGGUCAGGAUGUCACUGAGGAGGUCAGCCAGACAUGCCAGGAGGUCCCAGACGUCACCCAGCCAUGCCAUGACAUCCUUGAGGAGGUUGGUCAGCCUAACCAGGAAGUCCCUGACAUUAGCCAGCUGUUGCUGAAGAACCAUGACACUGCUGCCAACACGUGUCAGCCAUGCCGGACCAGCCAACUAUCUCAGAGGGUUUAUGAGAAAGUUUGCCAGUGUUGUCAAGACAACCCUGAGGAGAGUAACCAGCUAUGCCAGGAAGUCUCAGCAGAGCUGGGCAGGAUGGUCCAUGGAUUCCCUGUAAACACUGAUAGAACGGUCCAGGAAACCCUUAUGGAAAUUAGCAGGCCAACCCAAGAGCUCCCCAAAGAGAUCAUCCCAGCAUGCCAAGAGUUGUCUUUGGAGGUUGGCAUGCUGGCUCAGGAGGACCUUGCUCUCACUGAGUUAUCUCAGGACAUUCCUGAAGCUAGCAAACCACCCCAAGAGCUCCCUGAGGAGACUGAUCUGCAGGCCCAGGAGGCCGCUGAGGAGAUUGAUGAGGAGUCUAGGGUGGUCCCUGAGGUGGUUGAUGAGCUGCCUAGUGAGGAUAUCUCCCAAGUUCAGUAUCUGCCUAGUGAUGUAAACACGGAAAGCCAGUCUCUGGCUCAUGACCAGCACUCACCCUUUCCACCAGCAACAUGUAAUUAGUCGCUCUCUCAUUGAUGUCACACUCUUCCAGCCAUUUGAGCCAGCAGCCUUUCUGUUGGCUAACACACAGAAAGAGCCCAGAGCAAGGCCCAGACUCACACCAGAGGUGUCUGAGGAAGUAGGCCUUUUGGCAUGAAACAUACUUCUGACAGAGCUUAUGCCUAAGGAGGAGCCAAUUUAUGUU